CCAAGGUACAAACUAUCUGCACAAAAGUUGGUGAAUAUGACUCAUGGAUGAGCACAUCUAAGAUUGUGAGACAAGGAAGUAGCUAUAAGGGAACUAAGAUCUUAAAGCCUGAUGAGCUGGACUAUAUGCCAAUCCUGGCAAUGUUAAAUACUGAGAAUGUUGUAGUGGAGGAUGUGAAGGAGAAUUGUAGAUUGAAAGACAUUGGAUGUGUCUCCAUCAAAGUGAACAAUACUGCUCUAAAAGACAAUCUUGAUGACUUGUGUAAUCAUAUUCAUACUCCAAGUGUGCCAUACCUUAAAGGUGGGGAAUUAUUCCUAUCUAAACUAAAUGAAGCCGUGAAACGGGCCCUCAUUGAAAUAGACUCAUUGACUUAUAUAGGUGAGCAUGACCAUUAUGAUGAAGACCCUAGUGAGCCUUACCCAUUAGGACAUAUCAGUGUAUGUGAGGUGACACAUGGUCCAAGUAUAAGACUAAAGAUUGGCACUCCACUAUGUACUGCCAAAGUGGACCUGUGUUUCUCUAUAGAAAGUAGAGACACCAAUCUUGGACAAUGUGCCAUGGUGUCUAUAGAAAAUGACCCCAUUUCCUGUAAAUGUGGCCUUCCGUCCCACACUCACUAAAAAAAACCUCCUAUUGAUCCUCCUGGCAAAUAGGAGUUGUCUAAAUCUCAUAGAGAACUUUUCCUCACUCUUAAGCUUAUCACUCACAUUCUCAAUGAGACAUGUCGUCAUCUAAGAAUAUACUCAUUUACAAUAUCCUCCAGUUAUGACAUCCAGACACUUCUAUGGCAACAUCAACAAACAUGUAAAGCAACCAAUGUGGGGAACUGUUACAGAAAUAUUGUUCAGAUGCUCAAUUGUGGGGAACCUGAUAAUCCAGAUCAUUUAUAUGUUGGCACAAUUGUUGCUCUUAAAAGACAGCUUCAAGACAUGUUUUUCCCAAAAUAUAAGAGGAGUAUUGCCCCAGUGAGUGUUAUAGGAUUUAUCUGG